AUGAGAUCGUUUGCCCUCUGGCUUGGUGCGCUUGGGCUGACGGCGGCCUUCAACAACCCCCCGGGGGUCGAUAUCUGGUGCGGGAAGGCUUAUCGCGCAACUAAUGCGUCCUUUGAACCCGGAGGUUGGCUAGUCCAGCCAGCCCCUUCGCUUGAGCCGCUCCUGGAUCUGCGCGUUCGUCCUCGGAUGAAUCUCUAUACACAGGACGAGCUGUGGGGUUCUUUCAUCGUGGAUGCAGCACUGUCGCAUAUCAAUGGCUAUCCGUUCUAUUAUGGUACCGAUACCGGGGAUGGUCAUGGUCUGGCACAUGAAAGUUUCAACGUCCUAUAUGUGGAUAUUUCCUUGGCUGAUAACGAAACCGGUCUGGUUUCAAGUGCCGUUAUACCGGUGAAUACGACAUCGAAUGAAGUCUCUUUUUCUUUGUCUAGUCUCCAACCGCAAUUUGAUCCAUAUGAUAUCUUGCUUCGAGCGGUUUCGCCGGACGGAAACAGAAGCUAUACGGCUCGGACACAGCUAUAUCGUCUGCCCAAUCGAACUGACGGUGGCAGUAUUACCAAACUUGAUAGUCUUUAUGGCGGACUACUAUUCAAGAAUGAGCAGACGGAUUGGCAGCCGCUAUUGCCUUAUUCUUUCUACGUUAGCUGGGGAGGAUGGCUGGAAAAGUCCCUUGAUAACGUGCAGUAUUUCAAGGACCAAGGAUAUAACAUUGUGCACAUUAUCCCCAAUGGCGGACAGCCUUUCAAUUUCACCGAACUCAACAUAUUCCUUGACAGGUGUGAUGAAAUCGGUCUUUGGAUCAUGUAUGACAUGCGAUGGACGUACCAGAAUGCGACUUCCGUCGAAGAACAGGUCAACAUGCUCAAAGCCCGAAAAAGUAUGCUUCUUUGGUAUACUGGUGACGAGCCAGACGGCAACAGUGACCCUGUCAACGCGCCCAAAAUUGCCUAUGACCAGAUCAAGUCCCUCGACCCAUGGCAUCCUGUCUCUUUAUGCUUGAACUGUUACAAUUUCUAUUACAAGGAGUACUCCUCCGGAGCAGACAUUAUCCUUUCGGAUGUGUAUCCCAUCGCUGUCAACACGUCUUACUCGGAAGUCUAUGGCACGGUAUGCAAUACCACGUAUGGCUGUUGUGGUUGCGAUGAUUGCAAAGGGGAUAUGGAAGAUAUCUCUGAUCGUCUGGAUAUCUUUGCGCAAUAUCAGGAGUGGAUCGGCGGUCCGCCCAAGACUUUCUGGGGAGUCCCACAGGCGUUUGGAAACGAAUCGUUCUGGAGACGAUAUCCGACUCCGGAAGAAGAGGUGACAAUGAACAUGCUCAGCAUCAACCACAAUGCCAAAGGCAUUGUCAUGUGGACCUAUCCGACAUCUUCGGGAUUAAGUGAAGUGACCAGCAAGCUGAGCAAGGUCCUAUUGAGAAAAGACGUGACUACCCAUUUGCUGGGAUCGCAUACGACGGCGUUGGAAGCUGCUGGACACGGGAGAAUUGAUGCAGCUGGGUGGAUAAUUGGAGAACAGAUGCUUGUCAGUAUACUCUAUUUAGAGUAUACGGACUUACAAUCAGAGAUCACGGUGACACUACCUGCCAAGGCUGCUUCCGUGAGCGAAGUGCUAUGGGGUCGUGGCGGCUGGAGUGUCUCUGGUGGAAAGUUGGUGAAGAAUGGGCUGACUGGGCUUGAGACUACUCUCUUGAUAGUGACACUUGAAUAG